AGCGUGACACAGGCUUUGUGGGCGUGACGUCAUGAACCUGCCUGUGCGCUUGUUUUGGCAGCUUGUUUGGUUCUUCGCGGAAGCUCGUAUCAGUCCACAAAGAAGACGCUUUGUACGGGCACGCCAACAAAAAAAAGCAACGAUGAUAUCAACUAAACAGUGACCAUCGAGAGAGCUGGUGAGUUGUGUAUCAUCAUGGCGGACGGGUGCGGCGAUGACGAUGUUAUUCUCCUGGCAAGCUUCAACGUCCACCGAAGCCAAGGUACCAGAGGCCGUCAGAGGGAGCUGAUCACCAUUUCUGAUGAUUCUGACGAGGAGCCUGUGUCUUUGGUUCCUAUCAGCCCUGUUUUAGUGCCAGAUAAUGCUGCGGAAGAUGAAGUCAGCAUACUGGAGCGAGUUCCUGCACGCCGACUCGUAAUACGUCCGGCGGCAAAGUGGAGCGGGGCGUCACGAAACCUCAUUCAAGUUGCUGGCCAACGCGGUGCAGCUUCCGCAGCACCGAAGGGAGACCCGGGCGCCGCCCCCUCUACCUCCAGAGACGCCGCCUUCCACACGGGGGUCAAACCUGAGGUCCCGACACAGCCGAACCCUGCUGAGAACUCCCAGCAACACAACAAUGGGAAUUCGGAGGGCAACGCUAAAUCUACCUCCCGAACAUCUGCCGCGUUCGGAGGUCAUGCACAAGCACAAGUUGAGCCCAGCACAUCCGGACCUGCACUGGAGGGCUCUGCGGGACUUCCGGUGUUCGAGCCCCAGCCUAGCACUUCCAGCCAAGCAGUCGUAAAGACGCCGCCCGGCUCCUCCACGGUGGAUCAAAACAGGGCUUUUACCAGCAUGCAAGACAAUCCUCAGGCGAGUACUUCAUCUGCACAGGGUCCCACGCAGACGCCGCCCGGACCCGGAACAUCUACAGAGCUUCAGCCAAGCAGGAACACGGCGUCGGCGCCGCAGGUUCAGGUGAAGAACAUGAACCUCGUCAUCCUCCCGCAACAACCCAGCAUCCGAGCGUCCGCUUUGGUAACGCAGGCUCAGCACCAGAGCCAGCCCGUCUUGCAUCACAUGCAAGGCAAUCUGAUUCAGAUUGAACCCAAACCUCUCGCCCAGGCCCCGGCCCAGACUCUAAUCCAGCCCCCGCAGGGCCCUCAGAUGGUAAUUCACUCUGCCGUGCUAAUAGCCGCCGCGCCGGAGAGACUCGGACCUCCAGUGGUAGGUCACCGCAUCAUGUUAGGAAGCCAGGCGCCCGGGAAGGCCGGUUACAAUCCGUGGCCACAAGGUGGCGCCUCCGGUGCCAACACGAACUUCAACCCUCCCGCUCUUCCGGCCCCCGCGGCGUCAGGUCCUCACAGCAGCACGGAAGGCCCAAAUGCAGGAAGCGUCAACAUGGCUUCCGGUCUGGUUGCGGUCCCGAUUGUUCCGGAGGAUAUUCCCGCAAUAGAAGACGCAAGACCCGGUCCCUCGGUGCCACGGGAGAGGCCGGAGACGCUGCCUCUUGUCGGGACCCUCACCGCCGGUGUGUUGGAUCUAUUCCCAGACGUCCAAGAAGCCUAUGUAGCAGAACUCAUCCAAACUCAUAAUGUGAAAGAUUUGAAUGCUAUAUGUAACCUGCUGUUGGAGAACCCGGAGUACCCAAAGACGGAGGCUGCGGCAGGUUCAAUAGCACCAUCCAGCAUCUUACUGGAGUCUGGAGACACCAACGCAGAAGUAACGGAGGACCUGUUUGAUUACACUAAGCUGGGCUCCGUGGGUCCAGUGGUCACGAUGCAGGCGGCAGACCUGCUCAUGGCGGAUUUCCGGAUGAUCAGCUGUCAGGACAUCAAAUGGGCUCUCAAUGUCCUGAAGGGACAUUAUGCAAUCACACGCAAGGCCUUAUUUGAAGCAGUGAAGAAGUGGCAAGAUUCAGGCGACCCCUCAGGAAAGAGACGACGGAAAGGAUCAUCAUAUGAACGCUGCUUCAUUGAAUUCCAUUUUGAACACGGCCAGGUGAAAUUCGACAAGAGGAUGUACUUCCUGGAGAAUGACCGCCGCUACUGCAGGACGUACAGCAAUCUGGAGGAGUCUUUAAAAAAAGAGGUCACGUUCUUCCAGCAGAAGGCCAAGGAAUGGGCAGAGCACGAGGAUUUCCUUCUGGCACUGCAAGUCAAUGAAGAUGAAUACAAGAAAGAUGGUCAGCUGAUAGAGUGCGGCUGCUGCUAUGGGGAGUUUGCCUUUGAGAAAAUGACGCAGUGUUCAGACGGUCACCUGUUCUGUAAAGAGUGCCUCGUCAAAUACGCUCAGGAGGCUGUGUUUGGCACCGGGAAGUCACAGCUGAGCUGCAUGGAGGCGGGCUGCACGUGCUCCUACCCGGUGGCUGAGCUGGAGAAGGUCCUGCCAGAGAACAUCCUCUGCAAAUAUUACGAGAGGCAAGCGGAGGAGGCCAUCGCGGCCACAUGCGCUGACGAGCUAGUAAGAUGUCCCUUUUGCAACUUCCCGGCCUUGCUGGACAAAGACAUGUCUCUCUUCAGCUGCCCCAACCCUCGCUGCCGCAAGGAAAGCUGCCGGAAAUGCCACGUGCAAUGGAAGCUGCAUGCAGGGAAGACCUGCGAGCAAGUCCUGGAGAGAGACGAGAUCCGCAUGAGGGUGCUCUUUGAGGAGCGCAUGACGGCCGCCCGUGUCAGGAAGUGCGUCAAGUGCGGCACGGGCCUGGUCAAGUCGGAGGGCUGCAACCGCAUGUCGUGCCGCUGCGGCAGCUUCAUGUGCUACCUCUGCCGCGAGCCCAUCACCGGAUACAACCACUUCUGCCAGCACGCCCGUUCACCGGGCGCCCCCUGUCGCCAUUGCCGGAAGUGUUCCCUGUGGACGGAUCCCACGCAAGAUGACGAGCGCAUCAUUCAGGAGAUCCAGAAGGAAGGAGAAGUGCAGCUGAAUAAGAAGUUUGCAGAUAAUUUGGGUAAGAGGCUGGGCCCUCCUGUCGAGGCCCCCGUCAAAGACACCAAGCGUCCACGUGUGGGUCCGCCCCCUGAAAACCCACCUCCGCCACCCCUGGUGCCCCCUCACCCGCAAGCGGUACAGGCCCCUCUCUUUGUGCCCCCGCAAGGCCCCUUCCAAGCUCUGCCCCUGUUUAUACCCCCCGCGCCUUACGUGCCGCCCCUGCCGCACAUCCCACCUCUGAACAACAACAACGACCAACACUACCAUCCCCACCACCACCACCACCACCACCAUCACAAUAACAACCAUCGCCACGGCAACCCUCCUCAGCCGCGGAACGUGGAGAUGAUGGACCUGCCCAUGCACUAUGGGCCCGCCCACCGCUACUACAGACGCUUCUAACACACACACACACACACACACACAGGGCUGUUCUGCACAUCCUAUGUUUUCUAAUCAUCUUUAGAUCUUUUACCGUUCACACGAAGAAACACCCCGGCCUUCUCACACCUAACAGGUGGGUCUCCCUCUUUUCGCCCCCCCCCCCUUCUCUUUUUCUUUCAAACAAAAAAAAAAAGAGCAAGUUAAGAGACAAAUAAGCCGUCGCCCUUCUGUUCCGUUCAAACAAUACAAGAGCAAGUUAAGAGACUUAGUACAAACAGUCGUUAGUACUGUUGUCGUCGCAGAUGUUUUUCUGUACUGCUAAGAGUUGAGCAUUCCCUUCUGUACGUUAAUGAAACAUGUGCGAAGCCAUGACGUUUUCUAAUAAAAAAAAAAAAAAAAAUUACAUGUUCUCAAUCUGCCUGGUAGAAGAGCUGACUCAUGAUAAGUGAACCCCACUGGUCAUGUGACAGGAGAGGAUGCUUUAAAACAAGGGGUCUCAAACUCAAUUUACCUGGGGGCCAUCGGAGCUAGGUUCUGGGUGAAGCCGGGCCGCAUCAAAAAACCCAAAACGCAUUUAUUAAAAACUAAAAAAAAUCAAUAAAAAAAACUAUCUUCAAUGCUUUUGCUUCUGCUAUACCCUACACUUUUUCAGUACUUUGGUUCCGGUUUUCCACACCAAAAUAUCUCAUAAAACAUUCCACUGUUCUCAAAUAUCUUAAUUUUUAUUUUUCUAUACACAAAAUAAGAUUAAAAAAAAUAAACAAAUUAAGAAUAAAGACAAUAAAUCAAUCAGUAAUAAAUAAGUAAAAUAAUAAUAAAACAGCAAAUAAGAAAAACGUAAGAGAAAUUAUUUUUUUCAGAUUCAAAUGUACAGUACUAACAGUUAUUUAACCUUUAACAUGAACAUUAAUGAAACUUAAUAAUUUUACCCAAUUAGCAUGUUAGCAUUGUACUCAGCGUCGUAACUUUAACAUGUUUGAUGAGAUGCUUUAUCUUGACGUGUAUUUUCCGUGUAUUUUUAUUCCAAAUCAUUUCCUGCAUUUAUUUAUACGCAGGCGUCAUAAGCCUUUAGCUUCAUUGCUAAUCCAAAGCUAAACAGGGUAAGGUAACAAUAUGGGCGGGGCAAAAUCAUGUUAAUUGUGUCCGGUGUGUGCACACAGCUUUUAAGCUGUCAUUUCAACAUUAAACUUCGGUAUCAAGGUUGGGGCCUCAAAGUAGUAUCUCGGCCCGCGGGCCGUGAGUUUGAGACCCCUGCUUUAAACCAAUCACAGAUUAACGACAGCCUCAGAGUGGAUCGCUUUGUUCAAGCAAGUGUGCUACGAGUGUGACUAAUCACUUUAGCGUCCUGUGUUUGCAUGGAGACAAUAAAAGGCUGCUUGUAGCCCAGGGCAUCCUCAUGGAUUUAGUCAUGGCUGCUGGAGGAGACGCUCGUUUGAGAAAAAAAAACAUUUCCUGGGUGUGUAUGAUGUUUCAGACGCACGUUUUUAGAAGGGUCAAAUGCCAUAGAGCUCAAUGAUUAUUAUGCUGUUAAACUGAUGACAUUAUAAACAAGUAGGCAGUUAGUACUAUGUCAUGUUUGUGCUUUUUUUUUUUUUUGCAUUAUUCGCAAUAAUUUCCGUACAACGCAGCCUUUGAUUAAUCCCAUUAUACCUCUUAUAAUAAGGAUUAGCCUUAAAGUAGUAUUAUAACAGCAUUAUCUGCUAAUGAGUUAUCUCGUUUAAAGCCAAAAGAAUUGGCGGAUAAGUCACUUUCUCCUUUAGAGCAGGGGUCUCAAACUCAAUUUACUUGGGGGGCCACUGGAGCUAGGGUCUGGGCGAGGCUGGGCCGCAUCAGGUUUUCCAAAAAAACGCAUUUAUUAAAAACAGAAAAAUGAAUAAACUUUGCUUUGGUUCUGAUUUUCUACAAGAAAAGCUCUGAUAAAACAUUCCACUGUACUCAAAUAUAUUAUUAUCUUAUUUUUCUACACAAAUUAAGAUGAAAAAUAAGUAAACAAAUCAAGAAUAAAGAAAAUCAAUCAGUAAUAAA